AGCACUACUUUCAUUUGCGCACGAUAACCGUGAGCAGAAACGAGGCUUGCUCCAAAAGCAGACGAAUUCGUGCCGUCACUCGUCGAGCUGUUGGUGCAGACAGCUGCAGUAGUUGCUUGUAGCACUUCCGUGGCUUCAACGCUGGCACGCUUCUACCUGCUCAUUUAACCAUGGCAUCCUCCGUUCUACAACGAUGUCGGAUACACCGGCUGACGAAAGCACACAAGGGGCUGCAAUUGGCCUGCGCAUCGAGGGUGCGCUCACUGACAUUUUCCCAGCAUGUGGAUGAAUUCACUGUGGCCAACGAGCCCAUGCUGUCCUAUCUACCAGGAAGCAAGGAGCGACAAGCACUGCAAGAUGCUCUCAACGAGCUCAAGGACACAUGCACUGAAGUGCCCAUUGUCAUUGGUGGCAAGGAGAUCAGGACGUCAGAAGCACGUUACCACACUGCGCCAUUUGAUCAUUCAAGAAAGGUGGCAAAGUACUACUGGGCAUCCAAGGAGACAAUCCAAGAUGCAAUCAACGUCAGCCUUAAGGCCCGGGAGGAGUGGGAGGCCAAGCCGCUCAAUGACAAAGUCAAGCUGUUCCUCCGCGCGGCUGACCUUGUCAGCAGCAAGUACCGCUACAAGCUCAACGCUGCUACCAUGCUCGGACAGGGCAAGACUGUCUUCCAGGCAGAGAUUGACUCAGCAGCUGAACUUGCCGAUUUCCUGAGGUUCAAUGCCUACUUCGCCAAAGAGCUCACAAAGUACGAGCCAAUUUCUACUGAUCCCAAAGUCACAGUGAACCACUACCGGCAGCGUGGGCUUGAGGGUUUUACAACGGCUAUUUCACCUUUCAACUUCUCAGCCAUUGGGGGCAACCUGGCAUCAGCACCAACAUUAAUGGGUAACGUAGUCCUAUGGAAGCCUUCGGACGCGGCCAUCCUCUCAAAUUACUUCAUCUUCAAGAUCUUUGAAGAGGCUGGCUUUCCACCUGGAAUCAUCAACUUCCUGCCCUCUGAGGGGCGUGCCUUCGGAGACGUCACGUCAGCGUCGCCGCACCUUGCCUGUGUGAACUUCACAGGCAGUGUUGCUACAUUCAGAACGAUAUGGAAGCAGGUGUCUCAAAACUUGGACAUCUACACAAACUUUCCAAGGCUAGUAGGAGAGUGUGGUGGCAAGAACUUCCACUUCGUGCACCCUUCGGCUGACCUUCCUACCGUAGUGGCACAGACGACACGGUCGGGCUUUGAGUACAGCGGCCAAAAGUGCUCGGCUGUGGAGAGGUUGUACGUGCCCAGCAGCCUGUGGCCCAAGCUCAAGGAGCAAUUGGUGGAGGCUCAGAAGAGCCUGAAAUUGGGCUCUCCGCUGGAAUUUGACACCUUCAUGUCAGCGGUCAUCGACAGGGCAGCUUUUUCCAAGAUCACUGGCUACCUGCAACAUGCCAAGAACAGCCCCAACCUCAAGGUGCUCGCUGGUGGGGGUGCCGAUGAUAGCCAGGGCUUCUUUGUGCAACCUACCAUUCUGGAGACCACCAACCCAGAGGACAGGAUCAUGAAGGAGGAGAUCUUUGGGCCAGUCUACACGGCCUACGUCUACCCAGACAAUGAGGUCGACAAGUGCCUCGCCCUGGCACGGGAUACUGCCCCCUUUGGCCUCACAGCAUCUGUCUUUGCCAGGGACGAAAAUUUCCUGAAGUCAGCUUGCGAGUACCUGAAGAUGACUGGCGGAAACUUUUACGUCAAUGACAAGUCGACCGGGGCUGUUGUUGGGCAACAGCCAUUUGGUGGAGCACGCAUCUCAGGCACCAACGACAAGGCUGGUGGUCCUCACUACUUGCUCAGGUUCAGCUCGGCGCAGACCAUCAAAGAGACCAAGGUUCCACUGACUGACAUCAAGUAUCCGUACAUGACCAGCUCAUAACAUUUACCCCCUUUGGUAAAGCACAUCAUCACGUCUAGACAAAAGUCAUCUGCACGCACCUUUGUCCGGGUGCCUGUUGUUUUUAUGGAAAGCUUUUAUACAUUCAAAACCAGGCUUGGUAUUUCAAACUGUUUGUUAUAGCUUGCGCACCAAAUGUUAUGUCAUGGUCUGUUCAAAUGUGUUGGUUUUGGAUAUAUAUUUGCUGUGUUGCGCGUCACACAAUAGAAAUGGUUCCUCCCACUUUCUAAGUCGCACUUGCAGCUAAAGAAGGCCUUACAAGCGCCUUCCAGAUAUUGCUGCUCUUCAAAGUAGCAAAAAAAUGUUUAUUCUGACAUUCAUGUAUUGCCAGCAUCAUAUCUGCAGGACAACAGAGAUGCAGAGGAAAACAACAGUGCUAGUGGCAGCAACUUGUGACACUGCAUUUAUCCAUGAUGCCUUAGGAACACGCUCAUGUCUCGAAUCCCAUCUUGUGGAAGAAAUAAAAAAAUACCUUCAUGAAAACGAUGUCACUGCAUAACCUUAAGGCUAGCUCAUGAGCUGGUUGUUUGAAGUAAAAAUUCAUUGUUGUUGAGGUGCUCUUGCACAAUUCUCGUCUAUAUCUCUGGUACCAUGUUGCUAACAUGUUAAUACUUACAUGGCAAUGUAAGGCUAAAAUUCUGAAUAACACUGACUGUGCGUAAGCCAAGCACGUUUUUUCACUAUGACUCCUUGUUCUAUCUAUAUUGGUUGUUCUUGUCUCAGUUGAAACAUUAGCUGACUUUCCAGCUUGUGUGAAUCUCUUUGCAUGCAGAAAAAGCUUAAUUUCUCAAGAAAUUCUUUAGAAAUCUCCAGCUACUGUGUAUGUUAAGAAGGCUAGCAGAUAAUGAGGCAACUCUCUUCCCGUUUCUAUUUAGUAUUUUACAAAGUACAUGCCAUGGCCCUUUGCAUCACUGCCAGUACUUCGAGAAGAGAGUUUAAAAAAGGAGCAAGGAUCGAUGCUGGCACCAAGCAAACUCAUCAUGGGCUUACUUAAAUGUGGUGCAUGUUCUUGAGGUUUACAACAGGGUAUACUGUUGUAGGGAACACCCAACCAAUAACCAGUAAUAAUAGCUAAUACAACUGGGACAUUUAUUCGCAUUUACUAGGAAGAAGUAGUUGAUGCAAUCAAUUAUACCUACAUCUAUACAGUCUAAUCUCGAUAAUUCGAACUUGAAGGGGCCUGGAAACCUGUUCAAAUUAUAAGAAGUUCUAAUUAAGAGAAGCUAAUUGAAUGGAGGGCCUACUUGCAGUGGCGCAUGUGCACUGAGCUAACACAUGAGUGGGAAGUUCCAGGAGAUUUAUUCACAUGUAUUUACAAAUUACAGUCAGUUAUUAGGCGUAUCGGUGCUUGUACUGCGAUGGGAGACGGCGAGUGCACGCGUGCAUAGAGGGAAACGUACUGACAAUUGCCCCGUCAAACUUUUGGCAUGCUUCACUGCGUAACACUUCAGCAUCGGGGUGAAGCUGACCUUCGGAAACCGGCAUUAUGCAACGCUUUAUGCUUUCUGCACACCGAAGACUGCUGCCAGUGGCAUGGUAAUUAAAAUGGUGGUGGUGAUGGCUUCGAUUAAUGCGAUUUCAGGCCUGCGGUCAUGGCAAAAAGUCAGGAAAAUCGACCUUCUUUUACAUUGACUCUAUGGAGUAAAUGGCGGUGCCGCAAAGGCAUUUGAAUUAUCGAACAUGUCCAAAAGAUUGGGGGUCCGGAAAAUCGGUCGUUGACUGUACAGGAGACCUGCCACUAACAGAAGAAAUCGGUGAUAUGUGCUUGCGCAUGCCUGUGCACAUAUUUUUACCAUGUUUUUUUAUUUUUUUCAUUGCGCGCUGCGUUCAGGGGUUUCUCCUAAGCUCUUGCUCUAUGGCGGGUUCAGAGGAAUGCUGGUCAAAGGUACCGCUGCGUGAUUUGGUGCGCUGCUGAGAGCAUUGUCAGAGCGCAGUAUGUUCGAAUUAACCGUCGCAAAUGCUUGUGCAUUCAAAUUACCGGUUGUUUUCACCUAUUGGAAUACACAUAAUUUUGACAGGGCCACAGCACCAGUUCGAAUAAACUGAAAGUUGGAAUUAAAUGGUGUUAGAAUUAACGAGAUUUAACUGUAUAUAAAAAUGAGUUCUGUACUCUGUAGGUCGUUGUGCAAUAUAUCAGCGAUAAUCAGUGGCACUGCAUGCAGGUAACUGUACGUUCCCUUUAACAGUAGCCCGCUUUGUACUUUCGGUAUAGGAGCCUUCAUUGUAUACCUUGGAGUUACUCAAAGAUACAAGAAGGAUUCAUAACUGAGUCUUGUCGGUCCAUUGAAAUGACUCAUGAAAUCUGGCGAGAUUUAUAAUGAUAUUGGCAUGGUGCUGAAAUUCCAUUUUCAACUUUUUCUUUUCUUGAUGUUUAUACAUUGUUGAACCAAAGAGCUUUCUUCCAAGCCGCUGUUAUGUGGAGUACAUCUUGAAUCAGCAUGAAUGUGUCGCUGGACAUUGAAAAAAAAAAUGUACAAAGCAGUUGCAAGCUAUUCUUGGCCAAAAGUGACAGUUUAUUUCAAUAUAUGUGUGCCUUUGGUGUGGUUGAAGAUAAGUUUCAGUAGUAUUCUGGGCACUCUGCAUUUUUAGGUGAACGGAAAUGCUACUAUACGAAUUUUUAAUUUGAGGCUGCUUCUUGUAGACUACAGCUAGAAGCAAUGUUACGUCUGUGCGACUUCCUGAAAUGUAAUGUAGAGUUGCAUAGAAAAUCGCUUGUGAACUUCUUUUUCCAGCUUUCAUGUUUUAGCAUACUGUCCUCUCAAAUAUUUAAAGUAGGCAGCAAACAGGCAAUUUGCGAGUUUACUUGUGGUCGGUAUAUCGCAGUAACAAUUGCAGCACAACUAGGUACACUUCUUAGCGUUGUCUGAUGCGUAUCGCGAGUGAGAUGCUAUCCUCAAUUUUUCUCAACGAAAUACGUUUGACCGCAAGUUUACUUUGCCUACAGAAAUUCGCACUCGAAACAACAGUCUUAUGCAAACUGUAUUUUUGCAGAGUAUUUAACUUAACAGCAUUUUUUGACAAGAUAGAACACUGUUUAUAGAUAACAAUUACUGCUGUUAUUCUUGUAUGUCCUGCUGGCUGCUUGACAUUGCUCGUUAUGAUACUCUGCUUCUUGCAACUGAUUUUUGUCAGUCUGAAGUAUACAAACCUAUAUAUAGUAUGCUAAACCUCAUGCUAACUCAUAUAUGUUCGGUGGUUCAAUGCUUUUAUUAGCCUACAUGACAUCGUUUAUUAAGCAUUGUAUUCUGCGUUUUCUUGUCCUUAGUUAUUCAACUCUUACACGUGCAACCAGGCAGUGAAGAGUUCUCAGAAUUUUGUGCACAUGCUCUGUUUGAAAAGCAAUAACUGUCGGUGGCGAGAGACUAAUUUCAACUCCUGUACAUUGUCACAAUGAAGUGUGUGAUCUAGUUCAGCAUAGUAUAAUACUACAUAGUAUUCAAAAACAAGUGCAUUGUGGAAAAGAAAAACUGCACGAGGUUUGUUUUGUAAGGCAAUGCUUGCUAUAAAUUUGAAUCGUGUACACUGAA